UUUAAACGUCGGACAAAGCUGCAUUCUAAAAAUAACCGAGGGAUUUUGUUCAGUAUAUAUGUCUAUUUUUUUUAUUAAAUGAAGUAUAAUUCCAAAAGCAGCAUGGAAGAUAAUACUUCUAAGGAAAGUUUGUGCCACUCUUCGGGUAAACAGAUGCUACUUCCCCUCUCCGCUCUUCGUCUCCUGAUCCCACCGCUAAGGCUGGCCUCCGCUGCAGUCUGGCAAACCGUCCAGCAGAAGGUUGUUUCUGACUACGGCAUCCUGGAGGAAUUUGUGUCGAUGGUUACAGAGAUCCUUCCUGAGCUACUUACCAGACGGCAGAGAGCCCAGCUCACACUGGGCCUUAGAGCACGGCUGAUCCUAGACUUAUGCCAGAGGGAAACUACUCCUGAUGCUAAGCUUGUUGAGCCACAGUUGGACAGGAUGGAAACGCUCAUCAGGUCAUGGCUCGAGGAGACUGCUGGUUCAACUCUAGAAGUGUCUCAUCUAGACUUUGUUAAUCUAGUUAAGAAGUUGCUGGAAAGCCCUGAUGAGAGGGAACACUUCUUUCAGAGGGUUUUCCAUGAAGAUUUUGGUGCAACAUAUGAUGAAGCCAUUCAUGCACUGAUGUGGCUGUUUUUGUCAAGACUUGAAAAUGUCCUUCCUGUUCAUACCUUCCAUCAGGUUUCAUCCAUGUUCGGGGAGGUUUCCUCUGUGUUAGCCGAAUGUGUGCAGUCUGUGUCUCAGUGCAACGAGCUUAAACUCCUUCUGGAAUAUCAUGAGGACCUUAGCCAGCUGGAUAACAAUGAUAUUUCUCUUGAUGGUACCUGCAUCAUCUCUGCCCUCAAACUUCCUCAUCCAGAAACAGGCAAGCCUUUAGAAAGACAAGACAAAAUCAGUAUUUCUGAAGAUUUUUCAUCCUGUCCAUCACCUGUGGGAGUAGACUCUGUAGUUGAUGGAUCACAGAUAAAUCCUGCUGCAGCUUCAGGUCCAUUAAUAGAAUUAACUGAUUUAACCCUUAAGGAAAGUACAACACAAAUUACAAAGAAUGUGGAUGACAUCCUAGGUCAAGGGAAGGCUUUGUCUCGUGUUCUAAAGAAGCGUAAAGUUGCGAUAAAAGAAGUUGAGAAACCUGCCUCCACAAAUUCUCGACCUGUGAGGGCCAACAGGGGUCUGUUAAUGAAGAAGAUUCUUGAGGAGGAGAAAAAGGAGCUACAGGAUGAGACCCAGCCGGCUAAAACCCCUCCUUCCAGGAAAAUGGUGCAGUUGAGCAAAACUACCACUACAGUGUCUGAUAGGAAAGAUUCUAAAAGCACCAACAAAUUGUCUUUACAAAAGCCUCCUGCAGCCACAUGCAGUGAGGAUGAUUCCUGGUCUUACUACUCAGAGGACUCUCGGCAAGACGAUCCCAGUUUCAGUGAGGCAGAUUCCUGGUCUUACUACUCAGACGAUCGUUCUUCGUUUGCAGAGCAUAUCAGCAGUGCCGAUGAAAGCGAUUCAGUUUCUAGCUGCUCUAAUAAUGACGCCUCUAAAAAUACAUUAGCUCCACCCCAAAAGCCCAAAUGCUCCAAUACGAAAGCCAACACUCCGAAGAAGACUCGUAAUUUCCUGUGUUUUAUCUGCAAACAGCAGGUAAACAAAAAGCUAAAUGCUCACAUAAAAAGCCACUUUCCCAACAAUGACUACGCUUGCCCUCAGUGCAACACCAAGUUUCAACUCCUCUCCUCGCUGGAGAGGCACUUGAAAAAGACCUGCUUCGAGUACAACCUAAAGAACGUAGAUCCCGACAAGCCGGAGGAAACUCAGGACCUUUUCAGCUGCGACAAAUGCAGAGAUACAUUUCAGUACAAGGUGUCCUUGCAGAAGCACAUGCUGACCCACCAUGAGCUGUACUGCACUGUGUGCCGGACGGUCCUGCGAGACGCUGCGACUUUAGCCCGCCACAAAACCGCCCACACGCCGUUUCAGUGCACUCGCUGUGACCAGACCUUCACAAUUUUCAAGCGCUUGGUUGGGCAUUAUGAAAACGGCCACCAAAUCGGCAGGCCCUUUAAAUGCAAUCACUGUCCAAAGAUUUCACCUAAGCUCAACGCUUUAAUCCGCCACGAAUGGCAGCACACGGGUCGUCUGCCCUUUCAGUGUGCGCAGUGCAGCUUGAAGUUCAAAUCCUUCUCAUACCUGGUGUCCCAUGAGAAGGUCCACAAGCAGGAGAAACCGUGCUUGUGCUCCGACUGUGGCAGGACUUUCAACCACAGAUCCAACCUGUACCGACACCAAAGACUCAUCCACAGUGCUUCUAGAAAUGAGAAGCGAUAUACCUGUUCCCAGUGCGACAAGAGCUUCAAAGAAAAGUCGUCCCUGAAAGUUCAUCAGAAGACCAAACACUUACAUCAGCUGUUCCGCAAACAGUGCCCCUUCUGUGGGAAGAUGGUGGCUCCGUCAACUUUGGCAAGGCACAAAGUGAUGCAUACGGGGCAGAGUCCCUUUAAAUGCAUCGCCCCUGAAUGCGGCCGCAGCUUCCGAACGGCUUCUGAGCUGAAAAGGCACGUCCUUCUACACCACACCGAUGAGCGUCCUUACAGAUGUGAUGUCUGUGGAAAGGGGUUUGUACGACUCUGCGAUCUCAACGCACACGCAAAAAUCCACUCCAAAGAGAGGCCAUUUGUUUGCCACAUCUGUGGGAAGGCUUUCCUCAAGUCUUUUAGCAUGCUGAGACAUAAAAGGCUUCUUCACCCAUCUGUGGCAGAUUAGUGACAUUGAAGAAACCCUCAGUGGAUUGGAGACAUUUGUGUAUUCAACCACAGGAAUAGACUGGAAGGACCUUAAAAAUUAAAAUUCUAAAUUUUUUUUCUUCUCCUUUUUAUAUCAGUAGAAAACUUGUAAAACUAAUAAAGCAACGA